AUGGAUAUAGCACUGGUAGAAAAUGAUUAUAUUCUACCGACUGUAAUUUAUAAACAUGAUUGGGUUCAUAUACUUUAUAUAGGAAUAUGCAUUAUCUUCUUUAUGAUUCAAGUUUGUCAACGUAUAACUGUAGAUCUCAUUUACUCAUCAAAAGAUUUUAAAACUGAAACUUAUGUUCCAUCUCUCAAUCGAUAUCCAACUGAGUUAACUCCGACACCUUCGAGUAUUUCAUAUAUUUGGUAUCUUGUUUUUUUUUGGCAGGCUGCAUGGAUAAUAUAUUCAAUCAUUGGUAUUUUCCGUCGUACAUCAUCAGGUACAUAUUUCUAUCAACAUCCAUGUGCUAUGAAUAAAUGGUGUUAUUUCUAUACUGUAUUUGGUCUUAUUUUGUUUACGCCACAAUUGGCAGCUGCUGCACGAAAUAAAUAUGGAAUUGGAAUUUCAAUAUUUCGUCAUUUGGGAACAUUAUGUGAAUUAAUUAUAAUUCUAGUUGUUGUUCAUGUAUCAUUAUGGGAAAAUUUAAAAAGUUAUUUGCGAAAUAGAUUUUUUGUCGAUGUUUGGUUAACACGAUUAUUAUAUCAUAAUGGUUUAGCUUUAUGGGCAUCUGUUCUUUUCUACGAAAGUUGUUUGUCAAUCAUCAUAGGUCUUAUUUAUGGUGAUAUAGUUUCACCAUCAAUAGCUUCUAUUAUCGGAUGUUUUCUUCUUUUAUUUGGUUUUAUUACACUUGCUAUUCUUGAAAACGGUGUUUUCUAUAAUUCACUUGCAUUUACUUUAUCACCAUGGCUUACUUUUUUAUGGCUUUUGGGAGAUGUUGUUUUUCGCUCACAUAAAGAAUUCUCUUCAUCUUCUUUAGCCAUUUGUAAUGUUAUAUCUCGUUAUAAUGAAAUCAAACGACUCAUAUUAAAUGAUUUUAAAAAUGAUCCAACUAUAUUAAGUAUUGAUGGAUUACUAGAUGCAUUGCUUGUACUUAAUGAUGAAUGUUCUAAUGCAACCUUGAGAAGAGAAAAAACAGUUAAAGCAUAUCUUGAAAAUGGUAUCUAUUUUGUUUGGUUGAUGUUUAAUAUUGGUUUUAUAUUAUUUAUUUUAGUAAAAACAUUUGUAUCGCUUGUUGUCGUAAAAAUGAAAAAUACGGAGCAAAUAUUUGCCAUGAAAAUAAUGAAUAAAUCAGAAAUGUUGAAAAGAGCCGAUGUAGCUUGUUUUCGUGAGGAACGUGAUAUUCUAGUAUAUGGUGAUUCUCAAUGGAUAACAAAGCUUUAUUAUGCAUUUCAUGAUAGUGAAAAUUUAUAUCUUCUAAUGGAGUAUUGUCAUGGUGGUGAUCUUCUAACUUUAUUAUCAAAAUAUGAUGAUGAGUUUUCAGAAGAUAUGACUCGAUUUUAUGUUGCUGAAAUAAUCUUAGCAAUUGACUCUUUACAUGAGCUUGGUUAUAUUCAUCGAGAUAUAAAACCUGACAAUAUAUUAAUCGAUAGUACAGGACAUAUUCGCUUGGCAGAUUUUGGUUCUUGUCUUCGAAUGAGAGCUGAUCGAACAGUGCAGAGCAAUGUUUCUGUUGGUACACCUGACUAUAUUUCACCUGAAGUGUUAUCUGCAAUGAAUGAAGGUCAAGAUCGUUUUGGAUGUGUAUGUGAUUGGUGGAGUUUGGGAUGUGUUAUGUGGGAAAUGUUAUUUGGUUCACCUCCAUUCUAUGCUGAGACAUUAGUUGAUACUUACGGAAAAAUAACGGCUCGUGAUCAAAAUAAAAUUCCACUUUCAUUCCCCGAUAAUAUCGAAAUAUCGAAUGAUGCGAAAGAUUUAUUAGAGAAGCUUCUUUGUUCAGCAAAUAAUCGUCUUGGAAAAGAUGGACUUAAUGAUUUUAAAAAACAUCCAUUUUUUGCCACAACUGAUUGGACUAACCUAAGACAAAAUGGUCAUAUUUCUUCAAUUAGUGCAUCUAGACAACUGGAAGCUAGCAAACAUGAGGAAACAAUAAAGUUAUUGGAGCUUGAACGAACAUCAUUAGUUAAAGAAUUAAAUCAUUUGCGUCAAUUAUAUGACGAAGUGAAAAGUGAUUCUAUUAUACAAAAACGUCAAAUACAGUUAUUGCGAGAUUUUUAUACCGAACAAAAUGAAGUAUUAAAACAUGAACAAAUUGAAUAUUUUACUCGUAUUUUAAAUUUAAUUCAAGAUCUUCCUGAUUCAAAUAGAAAUAAAAAUUUCAAUAGACAAAAUUCUUCGUCUUUAUCAUUAGAAGAAAUAAGAAAUGAUUUAGAUCAACGAAUAAAUUCUGUUACAACUAAUUAUAAGUCAUUAUUAAUGAAGGUUUCUAAAGACAAAGACAAGUCUAUUUCAAAUGAUGUUUCUCUUCUUAUAUCAAAAUUUCAAGACAAGUUUUCUCAUUUAUUCAAUAAUAAUGGAAGUGAUGAAAUGACAUUGACAACGGAAGAUACAAGUAUAAAUAAUCCAUUACUGAAAAAUAUUAUUUCAUUUCUUAAUGAUCUAUACAAACAAAUAAAUAAAAUUUUACAUGAUAAAAUAGAACUUAGUGAACAACUAAUUACCUUAGAAAAAAAACAUCGUAACUAUUCAAAAAUACAAGCAAAAAUAUAUAAAAUUAUUAAUGAAGAUAAACAUUCAAAUUCAUAUUUAAAACAAUUAGCAAAUCAAAUGACUGAAGAACUUGAUCAAAUAGAAGAAUUAACAGAUCGUCGAUCAACUGUCACUAGUAUAACAUCAUCGAUUUCGACUAUUGAAAACAAACCAUCACGCGUACUGAGUCAUUCAUUGAAACUGCAACACAUGGAGAUUCAACAAUUAAGAAUAGCACUCGAAAGAGAAAUUGAAGUUAGACAACAAGUAGAAGAAAAAUUAAAACGAUCGGAAGCAAAAAUUAUUUGCAAAAUUGAUGAAAUUAAUCAUUUGAAACAAGAAAAUGAACUAAUCAAAAAACAAUUAGUUGAUGAACAAGUAAAACAUUUAUCAAUAACAACUAUUCCAGACAAAUCAUCGACUACCGAUGGUUCUAAUUGUACAUCAACUCAUGAAUUUUUAAGACCUAUCACUAGUAAACCAUCCGUUCUACAAGCGCCAUCGGAUAAGCCAAAUAUUAAUCAAGGACUAACUCUACCUCAAAACGAAUUUCAUGAUUUUAGAAUCAAUAAUUUUUCUUCGCCAUAUAUUUGUCAUCAUUGUCACGAUGUCUUAAUUGGGCUUAUGCGACAAGGAUUUUUCUGUGAACGUUGUGAGAUAAUAUGUCAUCCUGAUUGUAUAGAGAAAGUCAAAAUGCCAUGUGAACCGUCUAAUAAAGAUCCAAAUCAAGCUAAUCUAGACGUUCAACAUAUUGUUCAGAUACCAAAAGCUGGUGGUAUAAGAAAAGGCUGGAAUCAAUGUCAAAUAUUAUUUUUUCAAACAAAAUUAUUAUUUUAUGACUUAUCAAAUAAUUCAAAUGUAGCAAAGUCAGGACCAUCUUUAAUAAUUGAUCUUAAUGAUGAUACAUUUAAUGUUUGUUCAAUAACACCAGAAGAUGCAAUACAUGCUAAAAAGAGAGAUAUACCAAACAUUUUUAAGAUUAGUGUAGAAAAAUUAUCAUCACCAAAACAACAUUCUGAAAAUUUUACUACAAAAGAAAUAUUUGAUAUAAGUUUACAAAAAAUAAUAGGAGCUCACAUUCUUGAUUCCAACCGUUUCCUAAUUUUUGGUGAAGAGGGUCUUUAUUUACUCGAUAUCUUUGAUAAUAAACCUACAAGAUUAUACAAAAAAAUUAUUCAUCAAUUAUCUUUAAUAUCAGACAAUCAAUUAUUAGUAAUGCUAUCUGGAAAGGAGCGCAUAAUACGUAUAACACCACUUAAAUGCUUACUUACUCAGUCGCAAUCAUCAUGGGAUGGCAAAAUACUUGAAACAAAAAAUGCAACAGCAUUUACAGUAAAUUCAACAUCUCUAACUUUAUGUGUUGCCAUUAAAAAUCGUCUUCUUCUUUAUAAAAUACAUUCGAAUCCUAGACCAUAUCCAUAUACACUUAUACACGAUUUGUAUACAACUCAAACACCCACAUAUUUAGAACUAUCGAUAUUAAAAAUAAAUAACAAUGAAGAAGAAAUACUCUGGUAUGGUUAUUCAUCAAUAUUUAUUGCACAACAGAUUGAUCAACAAUGUCCCAGCUUUGCUUUGUUAAGAGAUAUUGAUCUAACAUUACAAGUUUUUCGUAAACUACCUAUUGACAUUUUGCGUGUUAUACCUGUGACAAGUUCAUCAUCUAUCAAUGAACUUUUACUUGUCUAUAGUAAACUAGGUAUUUAUGUAAAUUAUUCAACAGGAAUGCGAACACGUCAUAGAGAAUUAAUGUGGGCAGCAGUACCGAUCUCAACAUCCUUCUCCGACCCACAUUUACUUGUCUAUACAAAAAUAUCUAUUGAUAUUUAUGAUGUAUCAUUAGGAAUAUGGUUACAAUCAUUGCCAUUAUCAAAUACAUUUCCUUUAACAUCAGACGGAACAAUUUCUCUUUCUUAUGAUCCAGAACUUGUUAAACAUCAUGCAACAUUAAUUCACAUAACACAACCAAAUCGGUUAAAACAAGUUCUGAACAUAUCAGAAAGAUCUUCAAGUACAUUGAUAUCUGAGCCAACAAAUUUUAUACAUCUUGAGCAUCUAGGAAGAGGUGAAGGUUUAAAAAUACUAUUACGUUCAACAUACAAUCAACAACAUGAUAGAGUAACAUCGACCAAGAAAACACAUUUAUUGAGUUCACUGAAUGAUAAUAGAUCGCUGGCUACUAUAAAUUCACAUAGAUCAAGAGCACAUACGUCUAUACCACUUGAUGACACUGCUGUCCGGUUGGUUUAG